UCUGACGGUUCACUGUCACUCUUUACACACAUCCAACUCCACACUUCUUCACUACUUCACUUCUGCAAAGUUUCCUCACACUGUUUCUUUCCAUGACAAACCAUAGUUUCUUGCUUCUUUUCUAAGCUUUGGCUUCUUCUUCUUCUCUUUAUAGUCCCCACAAUUCUCAAAAUGACAAAGAAAUUACAAGAAUAUAAUCAUCAUAAGCAAGGUCACCUUCUGUUACUUCAUAAAUCUUGGUAUUUUCUUCUUUUUAUCCAAGUUAUUUGCAGUUUAGUGGCUUUGGCUUUAGCGGAUGUUGUGGAUAAAGAUAAAAAUGCAUUACUUCAGCUCAAAUCUGCCAUUAUUGAAGACCCACUAGGGUUAACUUCUAAUUGGAACCCUAAAGACACGGACUUUUGUUCUUGGUAUGGUGUUACCUGUGACCCAGUUUCUCGUCGAGUUACUGCUCUCAACCUGUCCUCUGAUCUCAACCAUACUUGCUCUCUACUUUCUCUUUCAGCUACUGGAGGUAACUUUUCUUUACCCUUUUCUUGCCGGCGUGAGAGGGUUGCCAAUAAUUCUUCAUCAAAAUUGAAAGGACAGUUGUCACCUGCAAUUGGCGGUCUUACUCAACUCAGGGUUUUAUUACUUGGGUUUAAUGGGUUCUUUGGAGAGUUGCCUCUGGAAAUUGGCCGGCUUUCUCUAUUGGAGAUUCUUGAUUUGGGGUUUAAUGCUUUUUAUGGACCUAUACCACUCACUCUUCAAAAUUGUACUUCUUUACGGGUCAUUAAUCUUUCUGGGAAUCAACUUAACGGAACAAUUCCAGAAUUUUUUGGUCAUUUUACAGGUUUGCAAGUUGUGUCUUUAUGGUUUAAUUUCUUAAGUGGUUCAAUUCCCCAGGAAUUGGGUGAAAAUUGUGGAAGUCUUGAGCAUAUUCAUUUAGCUGGUAAUUUACUUUCUGGUUCCAUUCCUUCAAACUUGGGGAAUUGCAUUGAGCUGCGGUCGUUAAUAUUGUCUUCAAAUAGGUUGCAAGAUGAUAUUCCUGCGAGUUUUGGUCAACUCUUGAAUCUUGAAGUUCUGGAUUUGUCCCAGAAUUGCUUAAGUGGUGUUGUGCCGCCAGAGUUGGGCAACUGUAAGCAGUUAAAAGUGCUUGUGCUGAAAAAUAGCUAUGACCCUCUGUUUUCAAGAGAUAAUGAUAGUUUGCCAAUUCAGCCGGUGGUUGAGGGGGAAAAGGAUUUUAACUUUUUUGACGGGCUAUUGCCAGAUAGUAUUACUAGACUGCCAAAUCUUAGUGUACUCUGGGCACCCAGCAUAAAUUUGGAGGGGACUUUUCCACAGAACUGGGAAUCGUGUUCUAAAUUGGAGAUGCUAAACUUAGCACAAAAUUUCUUUACAGGACAAAUACCAGCAUCAUUCGGUAAAUGUAAGAACUUGUACUUUCUUGAUUUGAGCUCUAACAACUUGACUGGGUUAGUUCCUGAAGAAAUUUCUGUGCCAUGCAUGGUUUUCUUUAAUGUUAGUCAGAAUUUUUUGUCCGGAGAUAUUCAUAAAUUUUCUCACGGUGAAUGUUCUAAGAUGUAUGUGAAUUUGUCAAUGUCACAUGUGGACUUCCUUGGUCUUUAUAAGUCUUUCUUCUACAGUAAUGCGCUCAAGACCAUUGCCCCUUUGGCUUCUCCUUCCAAUGGUUUGGUUGUAUUGCAUGAUUUUAGCAGCAAUCUGUUCACUGGCCCACUUCCUCCCCUUUUAAUUCAUUCUGAUGAUUUCCCUAGUAAGCCUUUCUAUGGUUUUUGGUUUGGUGGGAACAACCUUAAGGGAAAUAUUUCAACAUAUUCAUUUGAUCUGUGCCGCAGUUUGGAUGGCCUGAUCUUCGAUAUUGGUAAAAACAAAAUUAUAGGUGAACUUCCUUUGGAUAUGGGCAGCCAUUGUAGAUGUAUGAAAUUUCUGAGCUUGGCAGGAAAUGAAUUUGUUGGUCAGGUUCCUAAGACUUUUGCUAACUUGGAUUCCCUAGUUAACCUUAAUCUCAGUAGAAAUCAAUUGCAAGGUGUCAUACCGUCCUAUAUUGGUAAGCUGAAGAACUUGAAGUAUUUUUCUUUGUCCAGUAAUAACUUUACUGGUGCUAUACCUCAAGAGUUAGUUCAGCUGACAUCAUUGGAGGUUUUGGAACUUUCUUGGAAUUCUUUCUGUGGGGAGAUACCACCUGAUUUGAUCAAACUUGAGAACCUUAAUAUUUUGAGGUUAGAUCAUAACAACUUCACUGGAAAAAUACCCACUGGCUUCAGUACCACAGCUUCACUCUCACUGUUCGAUGUGUCUUUCAACAAUUUGUCUGGACCUGUCCCUCAAAACUCCAAUUUAAUAAAAUGCGAAAAUGUGCAAGGAAAUCCCAAUCUUCAACCGUGUCAUGAUGAUCCUUCAUCCUCUGAGUGGGAGCAGCAACAUUCUGGUGGUAUUUCCCAACAAGAUGCUAAUUCUCCGACUGGAAGCAUGCAGAGAAACAGCAGUGUGUUAAAUCCUAUAGAAAUUGCCUCCAUCACAUCAGCCACAAUCAUCUUUUCUGUGCUUGUAGCCUUGGUGCUCCUCCUUGUAUGUAUGAAGAAAUUUUCAUGCAAUUCUGUGGCUGAUCGUGGUUCAGUAAGGAAAGAGGUUGUAAUUUUCCACAAUAUUGGUGCGCAGCUGACAUAUGAAAAUGUUGUUAGGGCUACUGCUGGUUUCAAUGUUCAAAACUGCAUUGGAAGUGGAGGGUUUGGAGCCACAUACAAGGCUGAGAUCAGUCCAGGAGUUGUAGUGGCAGUGAAGCGGCUUUCAGUUGGGCGGUUUCAAGGUGAUCAACAGUUUGAUGCUGAGAUCAAAACACUUGGAAGAGUGCAGCAUCCUAACCUUGUAACAUUGAUAGGUUACCAUGUCAGUGAGGGAGAAAUGUUCCUAAUCUACAACUACUUGCCUGGUGGCAAUCUAGAAAAAUUCAUCCAGGAACGAUCAAGGAGGAAUGUGGAAUGGAGUAUGCUGCACAAGAUUGCCUUGGAUGUUGCACGUGCCCUAGCUUAUUUACAUGAUGAGUGUGUCCCUAGGGUAUUGCAUCGUGAUAUCAAACCAAGCAACAUAUUACUGGAUAAUAACUUAAAUGCAUAUCUUUCUGAUUUUGGCCUUGCAAGACUUUUGGGUACUUCGGAGACACAUGCUACAACUGAUGUAGCAGGGACUUUUGGUUAUGUUGCUCCUGAAUAUGCAAUGACAUGCCAUGUUUCUGAUAAGGCAGAUGUGUAUAGUUAUGGUGUUGUCCUUCUUGAAUUAAUAUCUGACAAGAAGGCUUUGGAUCCAUCAUUCUCUUCCUUUGGAAAUGGUUUCAAUAUAGUGGCUUGGGCAAGUAUGCUACUCCUUCAGGGGCGGCCUAGUGAGUUUUUCACAGCUGGGCUAUGGGACAGUGGACCCCAUGAUGAUCUGAUUGAGAUGCUUCAUUUGGCUAUUACAUGUACUGCUGAAUCUCGUUCUACCAGACCUUUUAUGAGGCAAGUUGCCCAGCGGUUAAAGCAGAUUCAACCCCCAUCUUAGUGGAAGUUAUUAAGAUACCCACUUCUGUAA